ACAAAAAUGACUUGCAUCAUCAGAAAGCUUACAAAAAACCGCAUAUAAGAUAUUCAAACAGUUUUUUGAUCCUUCAAAUAGUCUUUGAGUUAUUGCUGUUUUAAAUUUGAAAAUUGGACCAAAAUGUCGCAAUAAGGACUGGGUACUAGGUCAAAAACGCGUUUUUGACAGCGUAUAACUCGAUUAUACAGCGUAUAACUACAAUUAUAUAAUAUCAAAUAAUAUAAUAAUCAAAUAAUAUAAUGAUUUGACAGUGUAUAACUACAAUUUCAUAGGGGAUAAUCACCGAUCACCCAUUUUCUCGGUAUUUGGCAAGUUUUUUGCUUGGGAACUUUUUGUGGUAAUUGAGCAUCUAUGGUACUGUGCAAUGAACCACAGAAAAUCUAUUCCCCCCAGCGGGUUGCCACGAAAUUGCUUUUCCAAGCACUUUUUCGCACAACGGUCCACGGCCUAUUAUUCUUUAAAUCGAAGUCAAAAUACGAAAUUUCAGCACACUUCUGGCAGACCGCGCAGACAAAAACAAUAGAAAAGGACUGAAACUUAAGGGCAGUAGCUCAUCUUUGGCUCGAGUUCUCGCUCAAGGUAAAUAUGGAGGUCACUGGUACAUCGUCGUAAUUCGUUGUCUUGCUCAAACUCUGUGUUAUCUCUUAAUAGCAGAAUUCCUCCGAUCUCCGAUGACGUUGGAUUCCAAUUCUGCCUUUCUAGGAAGACCUCUCUGCACCGUCUUCAUCGACAAGCGAUCCUUUUUCAGCUUUCAAGAAUUUUGAUUACACUACUGAUCGAAACAGCCCGGAACGGAGCAAGCAUACACCGCAUUUAAAAGUAAACGGUUUAUCAACAAGCGAUCAAACUUUGAAUGAAACUGGGGGAUUAUAUAGUCAAACUAUUAGUGCCCUAUCAGACGAUACCAAACAAUUUUUACGAAAUUCGAGAAUCAUGACGGAAUCUUCAGAGAAUGCGAAAUUGCGAAAUUCUAACCCGUCGCUUGACAGUGGCCUUUUGGACUCGCCUCGUCUACGGCGAAAACCGCUUGUGAAAAAAUCGCAACCGGGGAAAAAGACCCUUAGGGAAAUCGCCAUGGAUCAAAGGAUUGGAAACGGUCACGUACCAUUGGCGCAUGCGUCGUCGGAGCCUUCGUUGUUCGCGGGCAAUUUUGGGAACGAACUGCAUAAUAGUAAGUCGUCGUCGGAUAUUAACAGUAACUCUGAUGCGAGUUCAAAUGUUGACUUGUUAGCACAAGCGGGAUUGGAGCAAUCAAGAACAAAUAGCCCCGAUCCAUUUUUAGAACUAAUUUCACAAAGACACAAGCCACAGCAAAAUGUAGGGCAGCGAAACGGGACUCCUUGGGUUGCAAAAUUUGAGUGAAUAUCGAUCUAAAGUAUCUAAUUAUCUCUCUGCCUCUCUGGUAGAAUUAAUGAAUGAUGCUGAUAGGUUUUACGGAAUGCGGAAAGCGAGUCACAGACGACAAGUUUUAUUUGCAACUUGCAAGUUUAAAUCCAGCAAAUUGUCUAUGACAAGUUUCUUGUUUUUUUUUGACCGCCACAAUAAUUACUACAACAAUAUAUCGGUGCGUGUUGCCAAAUUUUCUUUGUUGACCCAUACUGAUGAGCAAAAUUUGUACUUUGUGAUUUUUUUCUAUUUUCGAGUGUACUUGUUCAAAAGCUAGUAUGUUGUCAUAGAAAGGCAAACUUGCUUAUACAAACGUACAAAUCAAACUUGUCACAUGAAAACUUCUUAUAGAAAACUUCCUCGCCUGUAACCGGCUUAGCACCCUAUACGAACCCUCUAAUAAACAUUAUGUGUGCUAUGUAUUAGUUAGAUUGCGAUCCCGGCCGUGUUUUGGUAUAGAGCACUGGUCAAUUAAAGAGAUUAGUUAGUUUGAUAGGAAUAUGUAAAUAUUGAAAUAUUUGAAGUUAAUGUUAAAUUGUUAAUUAUUAAUGUUAAAUAUACAGAUAUUUAGUGAAUUUAGGAAAAGAUGGAAACAUUGUCUAAGUCUCGGGUGAAACUUUCGUAUUUGUCCAGAGUAUUUUUCCCUAUCGAAGGGAAGAUGGCUGUGAAACUCAUUAGAAUAACAAUAUAACUCAUCUAUGUUGGUCAACGUUUAUUCAUAAAUCUGGUCCUUCACCGUCACGUGUGUAAUGUAUUCUUGCCCAACUAACCAAUAGCAAUGUUUUAGGAAAGUCACCUAUCCGUGACUCGAACAAUAGGGAAACUGGAAAUUGCUAUUGGUGGAUUUGGUAAAAAUACAAACACACGUGAUAGUGAAACGACCAGAUUCAUGAAUAAACGUUGACCAACAUAGAUAAUGAGUUAUAUUUUAUUGUAAUGAGGGUUUCACAGCUAUCUUCCCUUAGAUAGGCUAUGAUCUGGUCAACCGAUCACGUUUAUCUCGCAUCACACGUGUACUGUAAAACUUACGUACUUUGGUUUACAUAUCUCGCAUUACACGUGUAAACACACACGUUGUUACCA